CUCUCUCUCUCUCUCUCUCUCGCGCGCGUGUGUGUGGCAGCUGGAAUUGGGAUCGGGGGGUCACUGGGGCAGUUGGCAGUUGUGAUUGGCAUGAAGAUGAGGUUGGCGGUGACGGUGGCGGUGGCGAUGGUGGUGGCCCUGGUGGGGGGCGUGCGGGCCAUGAAUGUGGAGCAGCUGACGGAGAUGGCUGCGGUCAUGGGGGAGGAGUUUGAGACGGAGAUCGCAGCGGCCCGUGCGUCGUGGAGCGCCUUCAACUUGACCAUGCGCGAUGGCGUUCAGCUCUGGACGGUGUUCCUCAAUCUGCAUAGCGAGGGCACCUGGCCAACCGUUGUCAUCCGCAGCCCUUACGGUCCCGAUGGCACGGAGAAUCUUGCCGAUCUCUUCCUGCCCUUUGGUUUCGUGGUUGUGGAGCAGAAUCAGCGUGGUACCGGCCAAUCGGAAGGCAACUUUACUUUCUGGUCGACCUGCCCAGAUGACGAAGCUGACACGAUUAGCUGGAUCAAGCAGCAGUCCUGGAGCAAUGGUCAAGUCUACAUCAUGGGAGCUUCAGCCGAUGGCAUCAACGCCAUCUUGGCCAUGCGCCAGCAGCAGCAAGAACUGGGCCAGUGGCUUAUUUUCAGCCUGGGCGUCGGCUACGCCGCUGCCUUUCAGGGCGGGGCCCUCAAGCAAAACCUGGCAAAGGAAUGGCUCAAAGGCAUGCAGGACUACCGACCCGACGCUCCCAGCUACUACGAGACGGUGCUGCUGCCCCACGAACAGUAUGGCGAUUGGUGGCAGCAGCGCACUCUCAACAACGACUCCACCAUCACCUUCCCCUCCAUCUUCUGGGCCGGCUGGUAUGACAUUUUCCUGCAGCCCAUGAUGGAUACCUUUGAGGGCUACCUUUACAAGAGUGUCGAUCCUCAACAAUCUCGCAUGAUUAUUGGCCCUCGCGGUCACUGCCUCACCGAGCACCCGUUUCUCUUCCCGGAUGACCGCUACGCCGAGGUGUGGAGCUACGAAACAGCACUCAGCAUCUACGGCAACGGCACCCUGCCCGCCUCCCCCCUCUACCCGCGCUGGCAACGAGCCAUGGCCAAAUAUCUGGGUGUUGACGGCUACAAAGCGGCCCAUAAUUUGGAGCGCUACACCCUCUAUGUGAUGGGCCCUUCGCGCGGUGCCCCGCCCUCGGCCGAUGUGACGGCAGUCGCAGCCGAGAACACCACGGGCAUGUACUGGACCACUUCACCCGAGUUUCCCCAAGCAACAACGCACAACUUGUUCUUGGAUGACGCCGAGCGACUGCAAGAGUUGAAUCCUGCGACGCAAAAUUCCAAGACCUACUUGUACAAUCCCAACAACACGGUACCUACCGUAGGUGGCAACAACCUGGAGCUGGCGUGCGGUCCCCAUGACCAACGCCCAGUGGAAAACCGCUCCGAUGUGCUUGUCUUCACCACUGGUCCCAUGAUUGAGGACACGGCGGUUGUUGGCCGAAUUCGGGUUCGCCUCUUUGUUUCGAGCGACCGGGUGGACACGGACUUUACCGUCAAGAUCUCCGACGUGUACCCAUUGCUCAAGGGUGGCGACUCAAUCUUGAUUGGCGACUCGAUUCAGCGCAUGCGCUGGCGUAAUGGUCCCGAACAAAACGCCGCACCCAUGGAAGCCGGUGAGAUUUACGAGAUCACCAUUGAUCUGUGGCCCACGGCCUACAUCUUUGCCAAGGGCCACCGUUUGCGCUUGGUAGUCUCGAGCAGCAACUACCCGCGUUUCAGCGCCAACCCCAACAACGGGCUGCCUCUCGACCAAAGUGGCCCGAUUCUGGCAGCCAAUAACACCAUUUACUUUGGCGGAGACACGCCGUCGGCGGUAGAGCUGCCCGUCGUGAGCGCCGAGCAGAUUCCGCGUAACGUGCCCAUCCCCUGA